GUCUCACACACUUUUACAGUUUAAUAAUGAAGAUAUUGGAUUAACACUCACUCUGAUUCAGUCUCCAGUUUCUCUCGUCUGUCGACUCAAAUGGAAAAGAGACUUCAAUAGCAUGUUCCCAUGCUCUUCCUUUUGAGGAAAUCAGGAAAUACCAGAGGGGAGGAAAUACCUCCCCUUUCAAUAGGAAGGGGAGGAACAUAUCUGACAAGAUCGGACCAGAUGACCCUUUGCUCCACAACCAAACAUUUCAUUAACUUGAGGUGGAAACAACUAAGGUGUUGAUUGCAGUGGCGGCUGCUGGUCUUUCAAGGAGGGGAAGCAAAUUUUUCUGGCCUACAUCAUAAUUGUGUUUGUUUAUUUGUAUGUAACAGAACAGAGUCGCCAAACACAACGGCAGUCGUUUUUAACAAGGGCAAAAGUCGCUGAGGAUCGGUAAAGUCUCUGGAGCAGUUAAGAACAACGGAAUGAUUAACUUGGAAAAUGCUCUGGUAGGUGUUUUAUUCUUCAAGAUCGCUGAUUCACUUGUUUAGCUGUCAAUCAAAAAAGGAUUUCGCCUCAGACAGCUCAUCCAAUCAUGGAUGCAGAAGCUCGGAGUCCGGGAGAAAGUCGGGACCGCCCUCUUGUCAUAGAACUCCAGAGAGGCUGAGCGUCCGAUGGGCGGGACAAAGCCCAGCAUUUAUCCAAUGAGCGUCUAGUUUCGCUGCUGGAACAACCCACUUUGAGCUUCCAUAUUGAAGUCAGCAGACUCUGAGCGUCCGGCUAUGUAAAGCGCUGAGGCGCUGCGAGGAUGAAUGAGAGCGAAGUUAUGCCAGUUACCUGUGAUUAUCAGCUUCUUAUUACAGUGUGAUAAGAAGGGCCGUCUGGUGGCAAAGAUAGUAAUGUGACAACUUACCCAUGUGACAAUAGGCCCCGGUCUCCCCUACGUGUUGAACUUCACUUUAUCCUUAGCCUUGGUUACAUUCGUCAACAGUACAAAAGUUCAUCUUGCCCUUAUCUUAUCACAGUGUGAUAAGAUAAGGGCCAAAGUUCUGGUAGGUUACAUUAAAGUCCUUUAUUGUACUCCAGAUUGAUUUAUUAGUUAGGGUCACCUGCCUGACUGCCCUCAGCAUCACGUCAGGUACUGCACUGCUAUGUGCACAGACUCUCUGUGUUAAUUUUAAUCCCUUAUAAACAUGUGACAACUAACCCCAAAAUGACUGAGACAUGUUGUCCCAAACUACCAUGUCUGCUAAUUCUAGCUCUAGUUUAAAGUUAGCUUAAAACAGAACGAUGACUGAGGUAUGAGAGGAUGCCUUAACCCCCCUCUAACAAGUCCACAUGUAUCACUGCUAGGAUUUUUAUCUGGAAGAAGCUUAUUUUAAAAUAUAUAAGGUAAUUUUUUUUACUUUGGGUUGUGCAAAAUGGUUAAUUGGUGCUCAUCUCAGCUCACAAUGUUCUCUUCUCUUCUCGGACAGGAUACGACCCCUGACCAUGUAAAGGAAGAAAAUUAGUACUUCUCUUUUUUAAGUUGUGCCGUCUGGUGGCAAAGAUAGUAAUGUGACAACUUACCCAUGUGACAACAAGCCCCGGUCUCCCCUACGUGUUGAACUUCACUUUAUCCUUAGCCUUGGUUACAUUUGUCAACAGGACAAAAGUUCAGCUUGCCCUUACUGUGCCUCCACUCCCCUCUGCAUAUUUGGAGAAGUAAUAACUGCUAGUUUGAUAUUUUACAUUUCCAACUUUCAGUGUGGUUUCAACAACUCUGUGGUUUUAAUGUCACAUGUAUCUAACAAUUUUUUUUAAUGAGAACCAGACUUCCUGUAUCUGUGUUGGAUUUUUCUUUUUUUACCAGUCUUGUAACUGCGUGAAGUCUCUGUCUGCCAGCAGAGACUUUAGCUCCUCCCUCUCAUAGAAAAAAAGCCCAGACUCUCAAAUGCUUUCACUUCCUCUGUCCACCCACCACAAACUCUCCUUCCCGUCAUCAGCCACUCUGCUUCUCUUCAAGGAGAUCAAAACACGGUAGGUCUCUCUGUAUUGUUGUGUAAAUCCCUUCAUUCUUGUGGACUGCUUUAACAAUCAUACAUUCACCAGGUUUAUAAACCAAAACCGCUUUUUCUGUGUUUUUUCAUAUAUGACUGGUGGGCUGUUGUUUGCAGACCCUUCUGCUGUAAACUGCUGUUUCGAGUUAUUCUUUUUUCCCCUCCCACGACCAAACACAGAUGUCAAUGGAGGACACCGAGUCAACAACCAGAGAGAGAGCAACAGCAAAGGAUGGGAAUCAGGAUACAGACAAUAGGGUACUCAUGACCAGCAAGCCCCUUCAUCGCUAUGUACAAAAAGAUCCCAGAGCUCUCGGGGUAAUGUGCCAUAAAGAUCCAAGCUGUCAAGUUGUAAAUAUUUUAACAGAGUUGCAAACUAACCCAAAGGGCAGCUGUGAACUCUUCAUGCAUGGUGCGUCUAUCCCUCUUCUCCUCUCUGCAGAUUGUCAUUGUGAUCCUUGGCUGUGCAGAGCUCCUGAUGGGAUUUCAGCUGGCCAGUGAAACUAUACAUAAUUCCAAUAAAAUCUACAUCCCCUUCUGGCAGGGGGUCCUGGUAUGUAACAUCAAAUAAAAAAUGGUGCUACUCUCAUGUCUGUACAACACAAAUUGGCAGCUUUUCCUGGAGUAUUGUUCAGCCUCAGUAUAGAGCAGUGGUUUCCAAACUUUUUCUGCCAUUUUAGGAUGAGAAAUUCCCAUGCCCCUUCUACCUUACAUAAAAAAUGAAAAAAGGUCCACUUGAUCACUGCACCACCCAACACUCAGCACCCUAAUCUAUUAUUUGAUGAUAUCGUUAUAUCAAUCAAUUAAUCAGUCUUCAUUUAUAAAGCCCCAAUUCACAACAAGUGUUGUCCCAAGACCCCUAACAAAAAGGCUGAUCCAGACCAGACUCCAUUUAUGAAGAUCCAAUGUAAAGAUGGGAUCCACUCCUAUCCCAUCUUCAACCACAUGAGUGAAACACUGAACAGUAUUUAGAGAGGUACAGUGGAAAGGAAGAACUUCCUUCUUCAGGCAGAAACCUCGAGCAGGACCAGACUCAUGUUAGAGUCAUCUGCUGAGACUGGGCUGGGUUUAGAGAGGGGAGAAAGGGAGAGAGAGAUGGACAGAGGAGGGACUGAUAACAUGGAGCUGAAGCAAUGAGAAAGCAGGCAGGUCCAUGCCAGCAAACAUGUCUACAGCAGCGAUCCAGAGGAACCUACAGCAUGAUGGAGCUCAGGGACUUCCAGUUAAGACUGUUGUUAGUGACUCUAAUGGGACAUAAUGAUUCAGAGUUAAUGACACAGACAGAAAGAGGAUGGAGAAGAAGGGGAAGGGGCUUAAUGUGCCAGUACCCCCAGGAGUCUGAACCUAUAGCAGCAUAACUAACGCUGGUCCAGGCCUGAACCAGCUCUUACAAGUAGCUUGUAUCAAAAAUUAAACAAUAUGGCACUUAUAGAUCGAGUUAGAAACCUGAAGUCUCAUGGACAAUACGAUUUGGCCUAGCCCCAGUAUUGACACAAGCACUGCAUCAUUCUCAUCAGCAAGCUCUGAAAAAACAGAGGCACAUCAUAAUAUUUUUGAAAAUAAAAGCUUUACAUUUCACAUUUUAAAGGAAAGGGACCACCAAUAUUGUAUACUUCUAUCUUUUUAACUUGUAUUACAAACGUGUACCCAAAUGCUUUGUGAAAUAAGAACUUCAGUUCACUGUCUACUCAGGUUCACAAAGAACCUUGGGUUACUUCUGCAGGUGAUAUGACAGAAAACUUGGUAUUGAGUCAUUUCUAAUUUAAUUUCAAGAACUCAUCAAAAUACUUGAUUUUUGUUUUCUUCUUUUGUCAGUUUCUUGUCUGUGGAAAUCUAUCAAUCUAUACUGAGGUGCAUACUUCCAAGAAGAUGGUAAACCUUGAUUUUGCCUUCCAAUCUUACUCCCCGUUGACUUCUUCUGUCUCUUUUUAACUAAAUAAACUCAUCUCUACCAGGUGACGGUGUGUUUGGCCAUGUAUAUUGUUACUCUUCUGGGAGUCAUACUCUCUGUGGGCUUCAGGAUAGUCUGCCUUCUUGAAAAUGAGCACCUAACCUACAGGUGGGGCAAGCAGGAAAACGAGUGGAACGUAAUCAGAGUGGUAAGUGAAUUAUAGCUCUGGUGUAGUCAGGGAGGGGGGCAAGGUGGGCAGCUGUCCCCCCUGGUGCACUAAUGUACAAAAAACAACAAGGAGGUGCCCUCUUGGAUGCACCAAUUAUAAAUCAAACAUCAUAAAACACCCUCUAAAGUGUUUGCUUUUGGAGGGAUGUAUGAACAUAUGAAACAUGGCUGCAGAAGCUGUUCAUUUAAAGGAUGACACCUGACAAACUGCCCUCUGUUUGUCCUUCCAGUAUUUAAAAUGUAAAAAGGGCCUUCUGGAUGAUGGAUAGUAGAUUGCACUUAAAAAAAAUUGUUCCUUGUUGCCUUUUUCAGUGUAAAAUGUAAAGAAAUGGCGUCUUGAUGCCCUUUUUGGAAAUUUAACCUUCUUAUAUAGUUUAUGUAAAGUUCACAUGCAAGGUCUGGGACCAAAGUGCAGCACUCUGUAACUUCCUAGUUUGAUUGAUGUUGCAUUAAAUCAGUUUAUUCUAUCAUUGACACUUCGUCGUAAAGUGACCAUGUGAAAGAUAACAGAUCAAAUCUCACCAGAAUGUGAGCUUCAUGCAGGAAGUAGCAUGAAUUUUGUGUUUUUGAGCCCCUGAGGUACAGCACUUAUUGCAUGCAGACUGUAAUGAUGUGUGGAUAACAUUCCUCCUGACUUUCUUUUCCUGCAGAUGCAGAUUACUUGCAUUGAGAGCAUACUAUGCACAGCUUCUGUGUGUGUGUUCGUGAUUCUCAUCUUCCUCUGUUGCGUCACUCGUUUGGCUUUGAAAUCCACACGCACUCAGGUCAGACAUUUUUUAUUUCUACUUUGUCCAACCAGACUCCACUCACUGAAAUCAAGCACCAAGCUCCUGUGGCUUUCAGUUAGCUUACAGUUAGCUUACAUUUUUGGCUUGCAACUCAGUAUCUUCUGUCCCUCAACAUCACUUGUGUGUUAUUGUCAGACUUGAAUGUUUGUAACAUUUUAUGUGAAAAGACUUACUUGAAAAUUCGGUUGUGAUCUCUUUGGCUUUGUUGCUGUUGUUCCUUACUUGUUCUACCUUCAUAUAUCAUAUCAUCAACAGGUUAUUGUGCAGCACAUCUCAGCACCACGGAGUGACACAGCAUCAGACUGAGAUCCACCUUCACUGGUCUCGGAAGUCUAACACUGGUUUUCCUGCAAUGAGGUGGUGUUGUAGCCUAUAUUGUACUGGUGUUUGCCUCUGUGGGCCUGAAUUUCACAUAACCAGUGCAUUCACACAAAUUGCUUGCAUUAUUGGCAUCAGGUGCAAAGACCGUAGAGGCGGUGUUAUUAAAUCAGGGUUUAGGUGUUUAACUGGAGAAAACAAAACCCCAGCAAAUAAAACAGGCCACCCCAACCCACUCUGCAAAACAGCAAUUAUUAACAGGCACCUCUGUGGAGCCGCAAUUUGAUGCACAAGCUAAAAACAGUCAGCAGCUCCUGGAGACAGAUCAUCUAGGGCUCUAUUUUCGUGCUUCGCCGGAGACAUGGCGCAGGCGCGUCAUAAGUCAGGUCCGCCGCGCUGACAAGACGUUAUCAAGCACAAUUUGGUAUUUUGGUGAGCAGCGCGGUGAGUGAGCGGCGCGGUGAGUGAGCGGCGCGGUGAGUGAGCGGCGUAAGUAUCCCCCCUCCCUAACUCAGCUCCUCCCAGCGGCAUAAGUCAUAGCGAGGGAGGAGACAGGGCAUGGAGUGGGUUUAACACAGCCGAGACCUGUAUUGACCAAUCACAUCGGCCCCUCUCCUCGCCUUUAAAUCCGCCACCGGCGAGGCAUAUUACUAUUUUCGUGAAGUAGUCAAAGAGAUCAAGAGAUGUCUGAAGACAGUAAUGCCACACGAUGGCGACAGAAGGCAGCUCCUCAACAAGUGUCACUGUAAGCGCUUCAUUGGGCGUCCUCCACACUCUCUCAUAUGAGAACAGAUGGAUUUGGUGUGUGUAAUGUUGGACCCACUAGUAAGACAAACACCCUUUUCCACAAAUAAGGACACUCACAUAAAGUUGCACAUAUUCAAAUCUCACGUGACAAAAGUGGGUUGUGCGCACAGAUCACAACAUAAAUUCCAAUAAUGGCAUUAAAAUCGGAACCAUCUGUGCGUAAAUGACGCAUUGCGCUCCGUGGCCUGGCUCUUUCUUUCAUAGAUGUUGGCAUAUAAAAUACAUUUGGCUCACAAAACUGAAUAUUACAAUAUUCGUAUGUAGACUUAAAGUAAAUAACUCAUCUGAGCACUGAAACAAAUCAUCUGUUCAGCCGCUGCUGCUGGACGGGGAGAGGACAUGGAGACAUGUCCAGGUUGAGCUGCACGAGAAUAAGAGGAAGAGGAAGAUAGAAAAGGAGCUAGACAAAUUACAUAUCAUAACUUCAUUAUGUGUGUCUAUUUACUAGAUAUUUAAUUUAAUACGGUGUCAGCUGUGUUAAUUCGGUCAGGUUGUGUGUCUAAACGUGUGCCAAACGCGCUCAUCAGAUCAGAUAUAGAUCAGAAUAUAUCUAUAUAGAUCUAAAUGUAUGUGCUUACUCAGAAUAUUGGUUGUUGAUGAUUAUUUAUUGCACUAAAAUGUGCCUGACACUGUGGAAACCUGCCGAUGAGGCAUCGGUGACCUAUGCCGAUACGCCGCUGGUCUACCAAAAUACUACUGGACCAGCUGCGCUCCACCUGCGCUGAAAGCUGGCCAGGUUUGAAUCGGCGAGCUUUCAGCGCACUUUAUACGCCGGUGGCGAGCAUGAAAAUGUCACUGUGCCAGCUGAUUCUGUCGACACCUCCCCCUGCCACGCCACCACGCCCAGCUUGGUGGACCUCAGUGUGCCUCAGUCCACGAAAAUACCAAACUGGCUCUACGCUGGGCUCCGCCAGACGAAAAUACAACUACGUGGGGUCCGCUACCCUCUGCCACAUCCCCGGCGUACAUGAAAAUAGAGCCCCUAGAGGCAACAGCUACAGGACAAGCUUCUCUUUGUUUCUAACUCUUAGCUUCAGUCUUUAGUUUGCAGAAAAGACGCAAUACUGAGCCACAUUUAUUUUACAUGCACUAAUCACAAGGUACUAACAAGGUACUGCUCGAAGGUACUAACAGUGAGUCAUUGAAUGUUUUAUAUUAAAGAAUAAGUUAUCACAAGAUAUAGUACCGCAUGCCUCCAUUAUUUACAUGAACACUGCAUUAACAUGAGAGUUUCACAGAGUUUGUCAGUCUGUCUGUGAAUAUUAUUAUUGUACAUUGUGAACACUUUGAUGAAGUGUUUAUGUUUUAUUCAUGUUAUUAUCACAGAGUAACUAUUUUAAUAACUCUCCAUAACCAUAAAAAUUUUUGUGCACAUUCAACUGAGCCUUUUUUUUACAGUGUAACUACAUAACUGAGCAGACACAGACCCUGUAUUUGGUUCGCAGGAAGGCACAUGCCAUCCACCAUGUUGUAAAAGAAAAGUAUGUUUGAAAAUAGUUUUUAUGUUUUGGAUUGGUGACAUUUACUAAGUACAGUAUAGAUGUUGCUCAGUCUGUAUAGUUUGGCGUGUUAUUUCAUAUGAAUGUGAGGAAACCUGGUGGAAAUCCUGUUGUCAUUCUUUUUUAAAAAUCUGCAGGGUUGAAAGGUUCAGGUACAGGGACAGUUUCUAUGCAGGGACAGUUUGCUCUGACUUUAUGUGGCUCAGUAUAUGAAAUGUAAUAUCUUUGUUAAAUAAAAAUGAUAAAAUAAAAUUGCACUCAAAUAACUGCAUAGUAUCUGUAUGUACUCUGCAACACACAUUCUAUUAUUAAAAAGAUAAGGGUUUUAA